CCCCUCCCGGUAGCUCUUAUAAAUUACAUCAAAUUGGUUAUCCUCUCCACAUCCUUCUCCUUGAAAAAGAAGCUGUAACUGCAUUUUUAGCCGUAAUGUCAGGACGCGGAAAGCAGGGAGGCAAAGCUCGGGCCAAGGCCAAGUCGCGCUCCUCCCGGGCAGGCCUGCAGUUCCCGGUGGGGCGAGUACACCGCCUGCUGCGCAAAGGCAACUACGCCGAGCGGGUGGGGGCCGGCGCGCCGGUGUACCUGGCGGCGGUGCUGGAGUACCUGACCGCGGAAAUCCUGGAGCUGGCGGGCAACGCGGCGCGAGACAACAAGAAGACGCGUAUCAUCCCUCGCCAUUUGCAACUAGCCGUGAGGAAUGACGAAGAGCUCAACAAGUUACUGGGGGGUGUCACUAUUGCCCAGGGCGGCGUCUUGCCCAAUAUCCAGGCAGUCUUGUUGCCCAAGAAAACGGAGAGUCACAAGCCUGGCAAGAAUAAGUAAUCAGGCCUGACACCAUCCCCUUUCACCCCAAAGGCUCUUUUAAGAGCCACCAAA